AUGCCGCUGCCGAUGAAUGGACGAAGACAGAUUCCUACACAGGAUAUCGUGUCUUACAUCCUUGACAAUCCUCAGUACGAUGUAGACAAGCCAGUAUAUCGUGACCCUGAGGAUGCGAACCACUUUUUCUCUCACCGUAUGGCUACAGCAAUGAUACGUCGUUUGAUUGCCGGGUUCCGUGCCACUGGUCUAAAGAAAGGCGAUACAAUCCUUGUUCAUUCGUUCAACUCCAUAUACUAUCCCAUCGUAAUUCUUUCGAUCAUUGGAGCCGGCUUCGUCUUUGUUGGAACGAACCCGUCAUAUACCCAGACGGAACUCAAUCACGCCAUCAAAAUCGCGAAAGUCAAACUUGUGCUCUCAGAACCGGACAUAUUACCAAACGUUGAGAAGGCCUUGCGGAGCAAUGGCAUGAAUGUUGGAGAUAGGCUCUUAAUUCUAAACACAAGAAGCGGUCAGGUGCUUCCUCAAGGCUAUAAAUCAUGGAAAUCGCUCUGCGAGAAUGGCGAACAAGAUUGGAUCCGAUUUGACGACUAUAACCUUCAAUAUAACACGACUGCAUGUCUUUUCUUCACCUCUGGAACGACUGGCCUCCCAAAGAGUGCAAUGACAUCUCAUCGCAAUUUGCUUGCUCAACAUCUUCUCUGGUCGGAAUUCACAAGGAGGCCCUACCCCAUAAGGAUGGUACAAACAUUUCCGAUUUUCCACAUUGGCUCUUUUGUCCUCGCUGUUUGUACUCAACUUAAAGAAGGUCGUGAGAUGUACGUUGUCAAGCGCUUCGAGGUCGAGCAAUAUCUCUAUCUACAUGAUCAGCAUAAACUGACGGAGGUCUUCAUGGCACCACCAAUGGUCAACCAAAUAGUCAUGAGCCAGAUGGCAGAUCCGAGCUCAACAAAGUUCCGGUACAGUCUCAAGUCUGUUCGUUCCGGAUAUGUUGGCGCGGCGCCUUUGUCACCGGACUUGCAGAAGAGAUUUCAUGCAUUGUUAGCGCAUGACGCGAGAUUCACGCAGGUUUGGGGAAUGACAGAGUCCACAUCAAUGAUUACUGGUGUGCCAGGGGACAUUGCAGAUAAGACGACGCAAGGCGAGUUGGACACGUGGGGAAAUGUGGGCACCCCACUACCAGAAUUGAGCGUUAAACUUAUUGAUGAAGAGGGCAACGAUGUGACACACACUAUUGGGAAAGGCGAAGCAUGCGUGAAAGGCCCCACGGUGAUCAGAGGAUACUACGAAAACGAGAAAGCAAACAAGGAUUCCUUUGAUGGUGAGGGAUAUUACAGAACAGGGGAUGUGCUGCAGCUUGACCCGAAGACCAACCUCCUUUAUGUUGUAGAAAGAAUGAAAGAGCUUAUUAAAGUCCGCGGAUUUCAAGUUGCGCCUGCGGAGCUUGAAGGUGUUCUCACCAGUCAUCCUGAGAUCAUAGAUGCUGGAGUCAUUGGUGUGCCCGAUGAUGAGAGUGGCGAGCUUCCUAGAGCGUAUGUUGUCCUGAGAGAGGGGAGCAGGUUGACCGAGGCCAAAAUCAAAGCGUACGCAGCGGAAAGGUUGGCAAAAUACAAAGCCCUGCAUGGUGGUGUGAUCAUUGUGGACAGUAUACCUAAAUUAGCGAGUGGAAAGAUUCUGAAACGCGUGUUGAGAGAGUGGGCUAAAGAAGAAAAGAAGGGUAACACCAUCAGCGCAAAGUUAUAA